CCCAAUAUCAAUAAUCACAAUUCCCAAGAGAUUGCCUAAUUAACUUUGUCCCAACCACAAGCUCGGACCAAACAUUCCUACCUCAGAUACACACUACCCUUGUCGUCUGCCUAGCUAUGUUAUGAACUAAUUCAAUUUAUCAUCACACUUUUCUCUUGAUUCCUUUUUUAUUCUGAAUGGAUUUUUUUCGAAACAAGGCGCUUUCUCUCUGUGUCAGCUUGUGCUUCUCUCUGCUCGUCUCCAUAUUCAUCGUCGCCACGUCUUCAACUCCUCCUGCGCAGCAGUCGGAUAACUGGCUGUACGAUGCGGCCGGCGAUUGCAGCGGCGUUCGUGAAAUCUCCGAUUAUAAAGCGAAAUGCGCCUUCGUGAGGUCCAGCAGCGGCUGCAGCAACGGCUACUUGAACUACCUCGAGAUUUUCUACUGCGUCUGCGGAGAUUCUCCCGCGGUUGGGUAUUUGUGUCUGUUGCUGUGGAUGUCGGUGCUGUUCUACGUCCUCGGCAACACGACGGCGGAGUACUUCUGCCCCUCCGUGGAGAGCCUCUCGCGCGUGCUGAGGCUCUCCCCGACGAUCGCCGGGACCACGCUCCUCCCGCUGGGGAACGGCGCCAACGACGUCUUCUCGAGCGUGAUCGCCUUCACGCGCUCGGGAGACGCCGACGUCGGCCUCAGCAGCGUCCUCGGCGGCGCCUUCUUCAUCUCCUGCUUCGUCGUCGGCGUCGUCAGCAUCGCCGUCUCGUCGCGGGGGGUGAAGGUAGACCGGGCCAGCUUCGUCAGGGACGUGCUCUUUUUCCUCUUCGUCCUCUGCUGCGUCAUCGCGAUCAACAUCUUCGGGAGGAUUAAUUUCUGGUUUUCCCUCUGUUUCUUCUCUGUUUACUUUCUCUACAUCGCCCUCGUCUCCGUUAUGCAGUUUCUGCGGCGGAAGGAGGCUGUUAACGGCCAGGUUUUGGAUGACGUGGAGGUGCCUUUGCUAAAUCAUGUUGAUGAGAAUGAUAAAUCGUCUGUUUCGGUUUCGGUUUCUGUUAGGGACGAAUCUUGGUGUCGUCGCUGCAUCGGUAUGUUUGUGUAUGUUGUGGAAUUGCCGGUUUCGCUGCCGAGAAGGCUGACGAUCCCGGACGUCAGGGGCGAGAAUUGGUCGAAGCCGUUCGCCGUGGCGUCAGCGACGCUGGCGCCAAUGCUAAUCGGAGUGCUAUGCAUCAAGCAGAGUUUCGCUCUGCUAAUAGCAUCUGUCGUCGUGGGGAUAGUCCUUGGCGCAGCGUCGCUGGCCUUGACGAAGGGGGCGGGGCCGCCCAAGAGGUGGGUGCUGCCGUGGCUGGUCGGGUGCUUCUUGAUGAGCGUGACGUGGACAUACAUUAUAGUGCAAGAGCUCGUGUCGUUGCUGGUUGCCUUCGGAAACAUUUUGGGCAUAAACCCUGCGAUACUAGGAGUCACGGUCCUAGCGUGGGGGAACUCGCUAGGCGACUUGAUCUCGAAUUUGGCGAUGGCGCUGAAGGGGGGCGCGGACGGGGCGCAGGUGGCGAUAUCCGGGUGCUAUGCCGGGCCCCUCUUCAACACGCUGGUGGGGCUGGGGUUGUCGUUGGUGUUAGCGUCGUUGAAGGUUUAUCCCGAAGGGUAUGAUGUGCCGAGUGAUUCGGAUGUAUAUGAAACGGUGGGAUUCUUGAUGGGAGGAUUGCUAUGGGCGCUUGUGAUAUUGCCUAAGCGCAAUAUGCAGCUUGACAAAUCCUUAGGGAUUGGAUUGUUAGCGAUUUACUUGUGUUUUCUGUUUGUGAGGAUUCUAAAGGGUGUAGGAAUACUCCAAUUUGUUAGCUAGGAUUUCUACUUAUAAAGAAUUUAUUAAUUAGCCUAA